GUGCAUGACAGCGAAAAGCUGGUCCACUCAAUAAAACGCAACCUCCCCCUUCCAAAUUCCUCCUCGAGUUUCUGAAUAAUCAAGAUGGCUCUCUACUCCCGGGCAGUCGUCUUCAUGUCUUUCAUAUCUUCGUUAAUGUUCAUACUCGCUGCCUCGGAGACUCAUCCCUUCUCGAGAAGUUUAUCCGCUCACAAACCCUGGGUACCGGCGAAACACCGCGAGAAGCUGACCCACCUCCACUUCUACUUCCACGACAUCAUAAGUGGCCGGAAUACGACUGCUGUGAGAGUGGCCGGUGCUCCCGCCUCUGCCAAGUCCCCCACGGCGUUCGGGACGGUGUUCGUGACCGACGACCCGCUGACUCUGGGGCCUGAUCUGGGCUCGAGGCUCGUAGGCCGGGCCCAAGGGAUGUACGGCUCGGCAUCUCUGGCGGAGUUGGGGCUGGUGAUGGUGAUGAACUUUGUGUUCCUUGAAGGGAAGUAUAAAGACAGCAGCUUGAGCUUGCUCGGGCGGAACAACGUCUUGUCCGAGGUGCGAGAGAUGCCGAUCGUGGGUGGGAGCGGAAUGUUCCGUUUCGCCCGAGGGUACGCCCAAGUGAGGACUCAUAUGAUUACCGCCGAACAAGCCACAGUCGAGUACAAUGUAUUUGUUUACCACUACUAGCUAGAUUAAUUACUUCCCUUUUAUGUGGUGGCAUCAUGGCACGGAAGGUUGAAAUUAUAUCUUCUCCCGCGUGAUAUUAUAACUAGAAACAUGCGCGCAUAUAAUAUGGUGACACAGACCACUCUUGUCUCUUAUAUCUUUAUGUCUGGGGUUGUUGAGAUACGUUAUCUCACGUGAAAAAUUUGAGAAGAAUUCAUAAAGUUAUAUGAGAUUUGAGUUCAA